ACCUCGAGGCUUAUAAUAUUCCCUAAAGUCAACGUUAGCGCACGCGAGGGCAGUCGAAGAAUUUAAGAGGGUAAAGUGCAUAUUUUGGGCUCAGAUACAGUGAUUUCUAGGCCAAGCAACGUCAAAUAUGAUUUCCUACACAUUGUUGAUCUCUUUCCUGUUUGGAUUUGAUGUGACUUGUGGAAUAAAUGCUGAAUGCCGAACUCUACUUCAGCAACACACCGCGAAAGGUACCUGGGGUUACGUAAAUUACAAAGACUUCAAAGGAACAACAGUCACUCAUCCUCCUUUGCCGCGCGUGUCUCCCUUUGCUUCAACCACCGAAGAAGAAAUAAACAAACAAAUCAACAGAGAGCUUUUUGCCAGUUACACCUAUUUAUCAAUGGCCACGCACUUUGACCGUGAUGAUAUCAAUCUGCCUGGGUUCCACAAAUUCUUCAAGGAGGCUUCAGAAGAAGAACGCGAACAUGCUACGAAGUUGAUGGAAUACCAAAACAAACGCGGUGGCCGCGUCAGGCUUCACGGAAUUAUGAAACCUUGCAACGAUCAAUGGGGAAACGGACUGGAAGCCAUGCAAGAUGCCUUGGCCUUGGAAAAAGACGUGUACCAGGCAUUGCUUGAUCUACACAAGAUAGCAUCAUUGAACGAUGAUCCACAGUUACAAGACUUCUUAGAGUCCAAUUACCUUGGUGAACAAGUGGACAGUAUCAAGCAGCUCUCCAACUACGUUAACACCCUUAAACGUAUGGCAAAUGCAGGAAACUAUGCUCUUGGCGAAUAUCAGUUUGACAAGAUCACCCUUGGUGGAGGGGACGUUAAGUCCUAAUUUUUUUUCAAUAUAUCACCUUUUGUGGACUCGGAUUGACUUCGUUUUUGAUUUUUUUUUUUUUUUUAAUAAUUUGUAAUCAAUAUCUGGUGCAAUUUUUUGGAUUCGGUUGGUAGAGGUAUUUAGAUUACCGACCGUAGUGAAGUUAGUGAUUUUAAAGAAGCGUUUCAUGGGAAGUGUUGGUAUCCUAGGUAUGCUCAGUGUCAAAUAACAACUUGGUGUGUCUAGCAGUUUGUUGAAUCCAAGCUUGCUCAUAUAGGGGACGCCUCCUGGAGAAAGGAGCGUCCUGCCGAGCCAUCACUAGCUUGCCCAUAGAGGACGCCUCCUGGAGAAAGGAGCGUCCUGCAGAGCAAUUACUGAGAGCUUGUUACGCCGGGACAAGAGAACUCGGCUGUGGUUGUUGAAUUCAGUGGCGGGUAUAGGGGAGUGGCGCGGGGGGCCUGGGUUCCCCCCCUUAUUUUGAGUUUGAAAAUGAGCGUAGAGAGAAGAAAAGCCGGUAGCUGAACACACACAAACAAAAACACCUCCCUCCAUCCCCUCCCCCCCCCUCUCCACUUAGCUUAAGGUUUGGAUCCGCCACUGGGAUUUAAGUUGGGGAAUUGUCUAUUUUGUGAGAGUUGAACAGUGAAUGUAUUCUACAAAAUUGAAGAGAUUUUGGGAUAUGAUCUUUUGAUACCAUAAGUUUAAUAUAGUUUUUUUUAUUUGUCGAUGUUUUGCAACUGAAUUAAUAAACGGUUAGUGACAAAUGUUUCAAAA